AUGGUAAGCCUUGGGGCUGUAAUAGUAGCUGCAGUUUUUUGGACCAAUGCAGAAGUUGAAUUUAGACCUAAAUACAAAGACGAACAGACUCUUAUCGCUGGUGCUAUAUGGUCACAAAUAGUGAUUUUAUUAGGUCUAAUUAUAUCUUCAGAAGUGGAUGAUCAUUUACAUCCGUUUGUACAUGGUUAUUUUUUAUUGGCUGGUUCUGUUUUACUCAUCGCUACAGGGGUAUCGUUGAUCAUAACAGAAUAUAAAAAAAUGCACACCUUUCGACAAUCGGCCGUGAAUGAGUCUGGCGCAGCUGAAGCUACAUCAUCGAGGGCAUACGACAGAGCGUAUCUAACAAUAGGCGCGCUUUGCGUCUUAGCUGGAACUUUAACAUUCAUCGAUUUUAUUAUUAUAAUCACACCUGCUCUGCUGCUCUAA